AGCUGCUGGCAAUUCCGCUCGGGCUCUUGGCGCCUCCUCCGCGCGCGUCUCCUGUUGCUUCUUCAAGCCUCACUUCCCUUUGCGAAGAGCUCGCAGAGGAGAGCGCGGGCGACAGCGCAGGGGUCUGCGAGGGGACCCAGAAGCCAGCGGACGCGGGCGACCCGGGAGCCCAGCCAGUUAGCCCCCCUCCGGGAGGCGGGAAAGCUGCAAGCCGCGCCCACCGCCCUGCCCCCAGCUCGCCACUCCCGGCUGCUAGGACUCUGCUCGUCCUCCUGGGAUCUGCUCGGAGGGGACCCAACGCCUAGACACCAUGGAGACGGUGCUGGUUCUCUGCAGCUUGCUGGCCCCUGUGGUCCUGGCUAGUGCAACCGAGAAGGAGAAAGAAACGGAUCCUUUCUAUUAUGACUAUCAGACCCUGAGGAUUGGGGGAUUGGUGUUUGCUGUGGUCCUCUUCUCCGUUGGGAUACUUCUCAUCCUAAGUCGCAGGUGCAAGUGCAGCUUCAAUCAGAAACCCAGGGCUCCAGGUGACGAAGAGGCCCAGGCGGAGAACCUCAUCACCACAAAUGCCGCGGAGCCCCAGAAGGCAGAGAACUGAAAUGCGGCCUCCAGCAUGAAGCCUCGAGAAGCCAAGGCCAGCUACCCGAUACUUCAGAGGUUGAUGUCGAGGCUUGAGAAAACAGACUACUUAUACCAGACCUUUCCCCGGAGAAGCCAAGAACGAGUGUUCCCUUCGCCUCUCCCUGCCCCCACUAACCCCAGUCCUGUGUUAAUGAUGCAACACUCUCAGCCCUUCCUCUCACUGCAGCCGGGCUCUGGACCCUUUCUGUGCCGUGUCUGUGCUGUGUCUGUGUGUGUCUGCUGACUGUGCUCAUUCGUGGAUUUCAUUGUUUCUGUGAACUGUGUACUUCCUCUCCCAUGCUGCCGUCGGCACCCCGUGACCUCCAUCUCCUCUUGCUCUCUGGAGUCUCCUCUGUCCCUGUGGAGGCCCAGUCCCAUCUCUCUGGAUUCAGGCUUGAGGGAGAGUUAGUUGUAACCAGGACAGGAGGCCCCAGUGGUCCUGGGGCUGAGAAAGUUCGUACCAUCUUCAUCGUUGUUCUUUGUGGACUCUCAGAAGAAACUUGCUCCAGAUUCCACCAGUUUAGAAGGUCUGUUUGCAGCUGGAGAUUCAGAUUGCUUUCCUGCAGGCUCUGCCCUCCAGGGCUCCUUUUCCUUUUAGGGUGCCCACUGUAGAGUCCCAGUCUGCCCCACCCUUUACGGAACACCCAGGAAUUCUUGCCUCUGGGGAAUGAAUUCCUCAUUCACCUUCCGAGCAAUAAUCCCACAGGCUCUGGAGCCCUCCUGCCUUCAUCCAACUUCCCUGCUUCUGAGACGUCAAUUUCUAGCCCAGUUCAUCUGACCCUCUAAGUCUAGAGGACCGCUUCCUUCCCCGAAGCUAGUCUCUGACAGGAGAUAGGCAGCGGGAAGGGAGGAGGUGGCUCUGUCUUGUGUGGAUCCGGCAGACUUUGCCGUUUCGUAUUCCUGCCUGUCAGGGGUCAGAGUGGAGAGAGAUGGAAGGGUACAGGGGCAGCGGGGCUUCGGGUCAGAGAACCACAGGGUAUGCACAGCCUGGAUGCAAAUGCCGGAAGUCAAAGGUUACCAGAGUGGAAACUCACACCGGAGCCUGCCCCACCUGCCCAUUGUGUUCCCUUGGAAACUAACCAAGCCACACUGUGUCCUGGGACUGCUGGUCUCUGUCUUGUGAUCUAUCCUCUGACAACAGAAAAAUAAAUAAAUAAAUACAGCAUUGUUUCCUA